GAAGAAAGAAAGAAGAAGAAGAGAAAGAAAGAAAUGAAGAAAAAAAAGAAAGAAAGAAAGAAGAAGAAGAAAAAGAAAGAAAGAAAAGAUUUUAGCCUGCCUGGGUGUGUUUGUGACUACAUUUCCCAGCGUGCAGUUCGGGGGGUGGUGUUACGCACUUACGCACUUACGUAGGGAUCACGUCACACCACGUCUGUCAACAUGAGUGGGCUCUGACUGACUGCCGGGCAGAGAAGCAGCUGGAUGGAUAGAUGAGUGCAGCAUGGAUGUGUGAAGCAGGAGGAUGAGAGGCUGCUUCAGAGGGAGAGGAUGUCACCAUCUUUCACCCAACACUGUCCGGCUGAACGUAUCGAUUAGCUGACCAACAGAAGGAGGACAGGAGGACAGUACAGCUCCUUUAUCAGUCAGUGUCGUCCAGCUCUUCUUCUUGUCUUGUCCCAUGGCUGCUGCUGCUGUUAGUGGUGUCAACAUGUUGGCAGCAGGAGCAGGAGGAGCAGGAGCAGGGCUGCAAGCUGUGUCCUUCACCAACACGUCGGUGCCUGCAGCCAGCCCGACACCACCAGGUACUGAUAACACACGGGGGUGCGAGAAUGGAGCCCUGAUGGACUCGUUUGGGAUUUUCCUGCAAGGACUUCUGGCUGUGAUGGCUUUCAGCACGCUGAUGUUGAAACGCUUCAGGGAGCCAAAACAUGAGAGGAGACCCUGGAGGAUCUGGUUCCUGGACACCUCAAAACAGGCCAUCGGGAUGCUGUUUAUCCACUUUGCUAAUGUCUACCUGUCAGGCCUCACAGAGGCGGAUCCUUGUUCGCUAUACCUCAUUAACUUCCUGUUGGAUGCGUCUCUGGGCAUGUUGCUGAUCUAUGCCGGGGUGAGAGCCGUCAGUGCUAUUGUAGAGUGGAGGCAGUGGGACUCUCUGCGUUUUGGUGAAUACGGGGAGCCAGUGCAGUGCACAGCGUGGUUGGGCCAGUGUAUCCUCUACAUCCUCAUCAUGAUGUUUGAGAAAGUCCUCAUCAUGCUGGUCCUCCUCAUCCCCCAGUGGAAGAAGCUGGCUCACCUCAACCCCAUACAGAAUCCUGACCUGGAACUGGCCAUCGUCAUGCUCAUCGUCCCGUUCUUCGUCAACGCCCUCAUGUUUUGGGUGGUAGAUAAUUUCCUUAUGAAGAAGCACAAGACAAAAGCAAAGCUGGAGGAGAGAGAGGAGGACUCGCGGGGGAACAGCAAGGUGCGCUACAGACGAGCUCUCUCCCAUGAUGACUCAGAGUCAGAGAUCCUUUUCUCAGCUGACGAUGAAAUGGAUGAGUCGGACGAAGACGAUGUUCGUCGGCUCACCGGCCUGAAGACGGUUAAGAAGAAGAAGCUUCGCAUGGGGAUCCCCGUUUGACCCGUGUGCCGAGCUAAACCGCUACCAUCAAACGGUAGCUGUUCACCUCGCAGGCACACGCGUACAUUCCCCGUACCUCCACAGAUGUCAGCCGUGGGAGUCGACACAAUCUCUUCAAACAUAGGCUGCCAUUUGAUGACAGAAGAAUAUACUGUACUUCCCUUUACGUUUGACUCCUGGAGGACUUCUGCAUAAACAAUGUCUAACCUGGGAUUUAACU